GUUCCGGCCCCUCCCGCCGGGCGCCCGAAAGGAGGUCGGGUCGUACACGUGUCCGGGCGCGCUCUCCGUUCACACGUGCGGCCGGGCGGUGGGGAGGGGUCCGGAGCCAUGGAGAGCUUCCUGGCAGGCUGCAGGGCCGCCCUUCAGGAUCACGUUCAGAGCAGGAGGGCUGUUCAUGUGGUGCUGGGCAACGAAGCGUGUGAUCUCGACUCCAUGGUGUCCGCUUUGGUCCUCGCCUACUUUUUGGCAAAGACCUCCCCGGACUCCGAGGCGGCCUUCGUCCCCGUCCUCAACAUCCCCCGGGCCGACUUCCCGCUGCGCACCGAAAGCACCUUCCUUCUCCUUCAGCAACGUAUCCCCGAGGAAGUCCUCGUUUUCCGGGAUGAGAUCGACCUGGCGGGGCUGCACAAGGCCGGGCUGCUCUCCAUGACCCUGGUGGAUCACCAUAUCCUGCCCAGCAAGGAUGCAGCGCUGGAGGCGGCCGUGGUGGAAGUGAUGGACCACCGGCCCCUGGAGUGGGAGAGGCCCCCUCCCUGCAGAGUGACGGCCGAGCUGGUGGGCUCCUGCGCCACCCUGGUGACCGAGAGGCUCCUCCAGGCACAGGUGCCAACUUUGGACGGGCAAAUUGCCGCUAUGCUCUACGGAACCAUCUUGCUGGAUUGUGUCAACAUGGCUGUCGAAGCGGGCAAAGUGACCCCGAGGGAUGCCCGUUGCGUCUCUCGAUUGGAGUCCUUGUUCUCCGAGCUGCAGCCGAGGAACCGCGUCUUCGACGCUCUGCAGAGAGCCAAGUUCGAUGUCUCAGGCCUCACCACCGAGCAGAUGCUGCGGAAGGACCUCAAAAGCCUGGCCAGCAAAAAAGCCACCGUGGCCAUCAGCGCUGUGUACAUGAGUCUCCAGGAUUUCUUGCACCGGCCUGGGAUCGAACGGGAUCUAGCCGCCUUCUGUCACCAAAAAGGCUUCGACCUCUUGAUCGCCAUGACUAUCUUUUUCGGGGACCACAAGAAGCCGUUUCGGCAGCUGGCGGUGUACAGCCAACAAGCCGGAUUUCAAGACGCGGUGUGCCAAGCCUUGGAACGCUCUAGCAACCCGUCCCUCGGCCUGACCCCGCUGGAGACACACUGCCCCACCGUCCGCGCCUACCAGCAGGGCAACACCAGCGCUUCCCGUAAGAAAGUCCUUCCCAUCGUCCGAGAAUUCCUGCACCAGUGGGUCCGACCCAGUCCUACCGGCCCCGGCAUGCAGCCAGAGCUCUCCGGUUGCGUCCCACCGACCAGGGUGGACCCCCAAGGAGCCGGUUGCCGCGAUCCCAGAGGGGCCGCCAAGGAUGCCCCGAAGCCUCCCCGCCUGGGCGAGGAGGCGGCUGAGGAAGACACCCUGCUGCCUCCCACCCCCAUGAACAGCCUGGUGGACGAGUGUCCCCUUCACCAGGGCCUCCCCGAAGUCUCUCCCGAGGCCAUCUUCGAGAGAGUCAACCGCAUCGCCAUCGAUCGCUCGUCGGGUGGCCGCAGCCCGGAGAAGAAGUGACCGCCAAAUCCAGGGAAGCUCUCGGCGAGUGGUGGUCGUCGGGCUUUCAGCCGGGGGCUGAAAACGCCGUUUUUGAAUUAAUUGUUGGACAUCAUCUGUGAUUAAAUCUCCCAUGGCAAUGAAUAGAAAGGAGGGGGGGAGGCUGGUGAACUCAGAAUUCGCGGCCAUUAAUGCAGCGGGUGGGGGUGAAAUUAAACUCACCGACUGGUACAAAAUUGCAGAAUUCUGAUUCUCGGGGGGGGGACGUGUCUUUCCAGCACCCCAAAUCCUUUUUUUCUGGCGCAUCCUUCCAAAUUGUCCCAAAAUGGAUUUGAUGGAACAAGAUAUAAGGAUUCCUCAGAAAGGUUUUCCUUGGUGCUCGUUGAAGGGGAAACUUAGUUCAGGCGCUGUUGAGGCAAGGAUGACCACGCCCACUUGGUCCCACCUCAACAUGUUCCAGAGCUGCAUUUUGUUUUAUUUUUUUUUGCAAAAAAACCCCCCCAAAAAAACAGUGUAAAAAAAUCUCACUGAAGCCCCACGUGCAUGCAUGAAAUGUAAAAUGUUGUGUUCUUUUGCAGCUGAGCUCAGGCCUCUGCGUUUUCGGCAAGGCUGAAUCCUGUAAAAUGGUGGUCUCCAAAUUUGGCAACUUGAAGACUUGGGGAAUUCUGGGAAUUGAAGUCCCCAAGUCUUAAAUGUUGCCAAAUUUGGAGAGCCCUGCUGUACCACGAGGCUUGGGCUAAUUCCUCAAUAGUGAAUAAAAACACUCGUCCUCUUCCUUAAAACAUGUUCCUA